AAAUAGGCCCUAAUACUCUUUGACAGUUGGGGAUAGUUGGCUGCAGUGGACGGCGUGUCAGGUUGCCGAUUUCCCGGGUUUUACAUGUCGCACCUGUGUUUAACGCUUCUAACGCCCUGUCGGAGACUCGGGAUCAGCGCAGAGCGUUUCUUUGACCUUGUAGCCAUUCUUUAACAAGUCUAAACUAGCCUAAAAUUAUCAGGCAGUCUUGGAUAGACCUGGAAAAAAAAAAGGAAAAAAAUCUGCGCAGUAAAAACAAUGUCGUACACUUGAAAAGCAGUCGCUUUCUUUGUUUUCCAUGUGGAUAAACUUUGACGGGAGCAGGCAUGGAGAAGUUCAUUCAGAUAGCUCCGCACUCUCUGGCCCUGGUGCUGUCGCAGGUUUGCGGCGAUGAAGAUGACGAUGACGAUGAAGAUGAGGAGGACUCGCCAUCAUCGCCGGCCGUGCUCUCAGUCCAGUUGCAGCAUCACACCGGCUACGAGGUCUUCGCCAAUUUCAAAGCCGUCAACAUGCAGCAUUUCUGGAACAAGGCGCUGACGCACGCUCUCUCCGAGAUCUUCUUCCUCGGCUGGAUAGAUGAGCAUGUGCUGCUGAUCCAGGGCAAAGAAGUUCACUUGCAAGUCCUCAGGAACGGGUGGACCAGGCGCACACUCAAACCGCCACAGGGCUUUGACAUCGAGUGCAUAGUUGUGUCUCACGGAGUGAGUGUUGAGGGAUGUCAAAUUUUCAGGAGCGAUGCGGGAGUAUUUUCUGUCCAUGUGACAGACAGUCAGUCCUCGUCUAUGUGGUGUCUGUCUGCUUCUGAUCUUGAGUAACUGGCUCUUUAAGGGAACAGCACUCAAAGGUAACAGCUAUGAGAUCAUCGGCUUGCGUUGUCAUGGCAACAAAGGCUGUUGCAGCACUACUGAGAAAUAAAAUGGCUGGCGUGGUGUCGCUCUCCCUCCUCCUCCUCCUCCUCCUCACCCCCCCAUUCCCUUCCCUUCCUCUCCUCUUUCUCUUUGGUAUCAGUGAACUGGAGCAGAUUGGUUGUGACACUGUCCCCCCUCCACCCGUGCCCUGUCCUGCCCUCUCACUUUGCUCCUUAUUCUGUCCCUCCAACCGUCCAUUCACACUCCACACAUGUGAGUCAGCAGGAGUCUGCAGCGAGCAGGAGCUGCCACUCUGGACAUGAUUAAGGUGAUGCUUUGGGCUUUUUCUGUUGGGAGUUCAGCUGCUGUCCACACAGUUUAGUUACUGAAUCAACCAGUGGGAAGCACUGAUGAGAGAGGCCCAAAUCAGCACCGUUAAAGUGAUUCCCUUCGGUUGUGGCUCUGUCAAGUUUUUAGAUUUGGCCUUAGACUCAGGUGAGACACACAGUAUUACAGAACGGGUGAGGGAACAAGAACGGGGAAGGAGGGUGAGGAUGGAAAUUUAGCCAAAGAUUCAAAGCUCUUGCCAUCCCCUGGACAUCACCUGAGGACGGGAAAUUUUAACUUUAAUUUUUUUUAUUUGU